AUGAGUAUUACAGAUGAGUAUGAUCUUGGAAUGUACAAAAAUAUUGUUAUGUCAAAUAGAUGCAACAAUGAAGAUAUUCUUUGUAUUUUUAAUUCGUCAAGUUUUUUAAAUACCAUAUGUUUCUUUAUAUUUAUCAUAGUUGUUUUAUGGACUAUGACGAUUUUAUCUCGAAUAUAUUUAUCAUACAGUAUUGUGAAGUUUCUCAAAAAUAGAAAGGCUAUAUAUAUGAAAAACCUAUCCAAAUAUAUUGAUGAAAUAAAAAUUUUAUGCAGAAGCCACGUUAAUGAUAUAAUAAGGAUUAAAAAAAAAAUAACGCCCAAAGUUGUAGAAAGAAUAAAUUUAAAUAUAAGUAUAAAUAAAAAUAUACAAUUAUUUAAAAACUAUUUAAAUUCAAGUACAAAUGAUUUAAAUAAUUUUUAUAAAUAUUCAAUUGGAUUUACCUUUUCUUCAAAACAUUGCACACAUGUAACUUUAUAUUGGGGUGUGCUCUUAAAAGAAGUUAACGAUUUGAUAUAUAAAAAAACAAAAAAAAGUAAAAAAAAAAAAGGGAUAAAUAAACAAAAUACAAUUAUAUCUAUUGGAAAUAUAAAAACAUUUUUGAGAGAAGGGUUUAAUAAAACAUUGCCUAAAAAAAAAACAACAGAUGCAACUGCAUUCCUUUUAAAUAAAAAAACACAAAAUGAAGUUUACUACCAAAAUGAAGAAGAAGAUAUUAUAAAUUUUAAUAGUUGUUAUUAUAAAACAUCAAAUUCUUUUUUUACAAAUGGAAAUAAUAUAUCAUAUAAUAUGCCAUAUGACGAAAACUUUUGUAUUAGUGAAAUUUUACAUAAAAUCGAAAAAGAAAAAAGAUUGAUUAAUAAUGGUGAAGAUGGAAUUGAGUUAAAUGACUUAAACAAAAUAAAUAAAUUUAAAAUGAAAGAAGAUUUAAACAACGAAAUAGAUGAUAAUAAUAAUAAUAACAACAGUAACAAUAUUGAAAGUUUAAUUAAUGAAGUAUCUAAUAUAAGAAUACCUUUAAUUGUUGUUAUUCAAGAAGUGCCACAAACUAAUGAAAUAUAUAUGAACAGUAUUGAUUUAAAUUCAAAUUUUAAUAGUAAUGAAAUUUGUUCUGUAAAAGGAACUAGUAAUGAUAGUAACUAUAUAACUGGUGAAAAUGUAAAUAUAAAUAAAUUUGAUAACAUAAAUUCGAAUUAUAAUUCUGCCAUUGAAAGUAAUGGAGUUGAUAAUACUCAUUCUAAUUCUAAUAUAUCAAAUGCAUUAAUUGUAUUAGUAGAUUUUAAAAAAAUUAAAGAUAAAUAUAAACCAAUUUUAAUAAAAGAUAUUUGUAUAGCUAAUGAAAACAAGCUAUCUUUACCUACACAAAAAUCAAAAAAAAAAAAUAAUAAAUUACAAUUUAUUGAUAUAUUAGAUAUAUAUGGCCAUGAAGAACAUGAUAAAGAAUGUUUAAUUUGUAUGGCAUCGUAUAAAGAUACUUUGUUAAUGCCUUGUAGACAUUCUUCAUUUUGUUAUGAAUGUAUGAAAUCUCUUAGGCAAGAAAAAUGUCCUAUAUGUCGAUGUUUAUUUACAUCAUUUAUUAAAUUUCCUUUAAAAAAUAUAAACAAAUAA